GCUGAGCCCUGCGCGUCCACGAGGCCGCGUGCACGCGCCCGAGAUCCGCGGGUCCGGCAGUCAGUCGCAGCGCGGGACAGACACGGACACGGUCACGGUACCGGACGAGCCGCAGAGCGGAGCGGAACCGAGCGGAACCGAGCAGAGCGGGUUUAUCAGUGUUGUGUGUGUAAGCUGCUGCUGACCUGAUCACACUCGAGGGCGGGGCUUCACUCAAUCCAGACGCGGCUCAUUGGUCACACGGCCAUGAUGGACAGGCCGAGGGACGGCCCACUGACCCUGCUGCUGCUCUUCCUGGGUCACAUGAUCACAGCGCUGGAGGUUCCUCUGGACCCUAAACUCCUGGAAGAGCUGCCGCAGCCUCCCACGAUCACUCAUCAGUCACCGAAGGACUACAUCGUAGAUCCUCGCGAGAACAUCGUCAUUCACUGCGAGGCCAAAGGAAAGCCUCAUCCCAGCUUCUCGUGGACCAGGAACGGGACGCAUUUCGACAUCGACAAGGACCCUAAAGUCCUGAUGAAGCCGGGCUCGGGGACGCUGGUGAUGGACAUCAGCGGAGGAGAGCGGGCCGAGGCGUACGAGGGAGUCUAUCAGUGCUCGGCUCACAACGAGCUGGGCACCGCCGUCUCUAACAGCAUGGUCAUCCGUCAGUCCAGAUCUCCUCUGUGGUCUAAAGAGAGAAUCAGUCCAAUCAUUGCACAGAAGGGACAGUCUUUAAUCCUGCACUGCCGCCCGCCCGCCGGCCUCCCGCCGCCCAUCAUAUUCUGGAUGGACAACAACUUCCAGCGUCUGCCUCAGAGUCGGCGCGUGUCUCAGGCUCUGAACGGAGACCUCUACUUCUCUAACGUCGAGCCGGAGGACUCCAGGAGCGACUACAUCUGCUACGCCCGCUUCCCGCACACCCAGACCAUCCAGCAGAAGCAGCCCAUCAGCGUCCGGGUGCUGGACAUGGAUUCACUCAAUGACACACUGGCAGAUUAUUUGAAUGACACUGAUUUGUUUAGUGAUAACCCCUCAGAAGAGCGCGCUCCGGUCUUUAUGGUUCCCAGCGAGUCGGUCAGCUCUAGAAUGGUUCUGAGAGGAGAGGUUCUGGAGAUGGAGUGCAUCGCCGAUGGCCUUCCCACUCCGGCGGUCUCGUGGGUCAAACGCACCGGAGAGAUCCCCAGCGGACGGGCCUCCUUCCUGAACUUCGAUAAGACUCUGCGGAUCACGGAUGUGUCCGAGGCCGACGCUGGAGAAUACCGCUGCGUCGCUAAAAACCUCCUGGGCUCAGUUCAUCACACCGUCAGAGUCACGGUUAACGCGGCUCCUUUCUGGAUCAGCGCUCCCAGAAAUCUGGUUCUGGCUCCGAAGGAGAUGGGCAUCAUCACGUGCCGGGCCGCCGGACAUCCUAAACCCAGCGUGCACUGGCUGGUCAACGGCCUGCCCAUCCACGACGCACCUAAGGACCCCAGCAGGAGAGUGGAAGGAGACACACUCAUCUUCUCGGAGGUCCAGACGGGCUCCAGCGCUGUGUAUCAGUGCAACGCCUCGAACCAGUACGGAUACUUACUGUCCAAUGCCUUCGUCAACGUGCUGGCGGAGCCGGCCCGAGUCCUGACGCUGCCUAAUAUAAUCUAUCAGGUCAUCAUGAACAAACCUGCGCUGCUGGAGUGUGUGACGUUCGGCUCGCCCGUCCCUACCAUCACAUGGUUUAAGGACAGCCGCUCCAGCAUGUUGGAGGGAAACGCUCACGUGUUCCAUGACAACGGAUCCCUGGAGAUACACACGUCUCAGCCCUUAAACAGCGGGAAAUACACCUGUGUGGCCAGGAAUAACCUCGGCAUCUCCGAGAACCACGUCUACCUGGAGGUCAAAGAGCCCACGAGGAUCCUGAGGCCGCCGGAGUACCGGGUGGUCCAGAGGAACCGGGACGUGGUGUUCGAGUGUAAAGCCAAGCACGACCCGUCCCUCGUGCCCACCAUGAUCUGGCUGAAGGACGACGGAGAGCUGCCUGAUGAUGAGAGGUUUCGAGUGGACUCGGACAGUCUGACCAUCAGAGACGUCACGGAGAGCGACGCGGGGACUUACACCUGCAUCAUGAACACCACGCUGGACCAGGACUCGGCCAGCGCUCAGCUCACGGUGGUCGAGGCCCCACCCACUCCCGCAGUGAUCUACGAGCAGCCAGGAGCACCGACCGAUCUGGAGCUGACGGAUCCUGGAGCGAGAAGCGUUCAGCUCACCUGGACACCUGGAGACGAACACAACAGCCCCAUCAAGAGGUUCCUGAUCCAGUAUGAGGACGGUCUCCACCAGAGCGGCGUGUGGCACAAUCUGACGGAGGUUCCUGGAACCAAGACCACGGCUCACCUGAAGCUCUCUCCGUACGUCCACUACAGCUUCAGAGUGCUGGCGCUCAACGAGGUGGGCUUCAGUCGUCCCAGCUCACCCUCUCGUCAGUACAGGACCGGCCCCGCAGCUCCCGACGAGAACCCCGCUGAGGUCAAAGGUCACGGCACCGAACACAAUAAUCUGGUCAUCACGUGGAAGCCGCUGACUCCUCUCCAGUCCAACGGUCCCGGGCUGCAGUAUAAGGUCAUGUGGCGUCAGCAGGACAUGGAGAAGGACUGGACAUCCGUCAGCGUGGCUAACGUCUCUAGAUUCGUCGUGUCGGGGACGCCCACGUUUGUACCGUACGAGAUGUCGGUUCAGGCAGUGAACGAUCACGGGCCUGGUCCCAAACCCAGCACCGUGAUUGGAUACUCUGGAGAGGACUUUCCUUCAGCAGCUCCGGGGGACGUGCGGGUCCUGGUGCUGAACAGCUCGCUGGCCGAAGUGCGCUGGAGCCCCGUUUUGUCUGAAUCUGUGCGCGGGAGACUGCAGGGCUAUAAGGUUCAUUACUAUCGUGAGCGCAGUUUACACCGACACAACUCUCAUCACGGCAAACAGAGGAUGGAGAUCUUCAGCCCCAACAAAACCAGCGGGAAACUGCCUGACCUGCAGCCCUACAGCGUCUACAGCCUGCAUGUGACGGCCUUCAACGGCCGAGGAGAAGGACCCUCCAGCGCCCCGCAGCGCUUCGAGACGCCCGAGGGAGUCCCAGGCGUGCCGUCCUUCUUCAAGGUUUCUGCUUUAGAUCUGGACUCUCUGACGCUGGAGUGGGGUCCACCUCACGAGAGGAACGGCCGUCUGUCCGGAUACACCUUCAAAUAUCAGACCGUGGACAGCAGAAAUGAUCUGGGUCUGCUGGAGGAGCUGGAUCUGCCGUCCAAUCUGAGCAGCUUCACGCUGCACAACCUUCCUCACAGCACACGCUACAAGUUCUACAUCAGCGCCCGAACACAGAGAGGAGCCGGACCGGCGCUCACCGAGGAGGCCGUCACCGUCCUGGACAGAGCGCCGCCGGUCGCUCCAGCGUUUGGGAACGUGAGCUCAUCCGUGAGCGAGGACGGAGCGCUGAUCAGUUGGGAAUACUGGGGCCCCGAGAAACACCUUUAUGUUGAAUAUAUUAUAGACAAGAGUGAUGAAGACUGGCACAAAGAGAAGGUCAACGGCUCUCAGUUCCACGUUCUUAAGGGUUUGAAGAAGGGUUUGGCGUACAAGGUGCGUGUGGUGGCCCGGGGUCACGACGACCGAGCGCUCCAUCGCUCUGAGGAGCUCUUGAUUAAGGUCCCAGCGAUGGUCAGUCCUCAGGUGGACAUCGCCACUCAGGGCUGGUUCAUCGGUCUGAUGUCGGCCAUCGCUCUGCUCAUCCUCAUCCUGCUCAUCAUCUGCUUCAUCAAGAGGAACAAGGGAGGAAAAUAUCCAGUUAAAGAGAAGGAGGACGCUCACGGAGACCCGGAGAUCCAGCCCAUGAAGGAGGAUGAUAUCACGUUUGGAGAGUACAGUGACGAGGACCACAAACUGCUCAAAGGGAGCCGAACGCCGUCCAGCGGAACCGUUAAACGCGACGGCAGCGACGACAGUUUAGUCGACUACGGAGACUCCGGAGACACGCAGUUCAACGAGGACGGCUCGUUUAUCGGACAGUAUAGCGGACGGUCAGAUAGAGACGCCGCUCACGACAGCUCCGAACCGCCGUCUCCGGUCAACGCCAUGAACUCGUUCGUCUGAACCGGCCGGAUCUCGGAGGCUGUGUUCUCUGUAGCACACGCUCAUACUCCUGCAGUAUGUGCUCUUAUGCAAUCAUAUAGAUAUCAGGCAAAAAUAGAAACGUUUUCGUUUAUGAUUUGACGGAACCGACACCUUAAGAAAUAGCUCCCGCGAACGGACGGUGUGGUGACCUGAGAUUAGGUCGAGCUCGUUUCUUCAUCAGAUCUGGAGAGAUGUGUCUCUGCAUCAGUGUCUCAGUAAUGGAAGUGAAUGGGUGCCGUCAGAACCAGAGUCUGAUAAAAACGUCACAAUAAUCCACAGCGCUCCGGUCCAUCGGUGAUCAGAAGAUCAAACUAAUCCAGCAUUAAGAUGUUUUUAACUCAGAUAAAAUAGAGUACAUAAUAACUCUUCUCCGUGAAAAGUGUUCCGAUCUGAAUCAGGA